UUACUACUGUAAUUGCGCAGCUUGAUUUCUCUGCCUAUAUGAUAUAAGCGGGCAUUAGACUUCGCCCAUACCUUAGUGUCUGUUCGCUUCACCUGCAAACAUCACUUUGGUACCUCUCUCUCCUUCUCUCAUCGCUUUUUCUCCAAUGGAGUUGGGAAGUAUACUCCACUUCCUUCAGGAUAAGACCAUUUUAAUCACUGGCGCCACUGGCUUUCUGGCCAAAAUUCUCUUGGAGAAGAUAUUAAGGGUUCAACCAAAUGUGAAGAAGCUUUUUCUUCUUUUAAGAGCAGCAGACACCAAAUCUGCCACCCAUCGCCUGCACAAUGAGAUCAUAGGGAAGGACUUGUUUAAACUGCUGAAGGAGAAAUUGGGUGCAAACUUCAAUUCUUUUGUUUCGGAAAAGUUGGUUCUUGUGCCUGGAGACAUAAGUUGCGAGGACCUGGGCUUGAAGGAUUCCAUCUUAAGGGAAGAGAUUCUCAGUCAAACAGACGUUAUCGUUAACUUAGCUGCAACUACUAAUUUUGAUGAGAGAUAUGAUAUUGCUUUAAGACUAAACACCUUCGGAGCUAAGCAUGUCAUGAGUUUCGCCAAAAAAUGUGUUAAGCUCAAGGUUCUUGUCCACGUAUCAACAGCUUAUGUAUCUGGUGAGAGAGGAGGGCUGAUAUUAGAGACGCCAUAUCACUUGGGUGAUUCACUUAACGGAGUAUCUGGUUUAGAUAUCGAUGUAGAGAACAAAGUGGUUCAAGACAAAUUGAAUGAACUACGAGAAGAGAAAGCCAGCCCAGAUGACGUGAAAAUGGCCAUGAAGGACUUAGGUAUUGCCAGGGCAAAGGUGUAUGGAUGGCCAAACACGUAUGUGUUCACCAAGGCAAUGGGAGAAAUGGUAGUGGAAGAUCUGAAAGGCAACAUGCCCGUUGUGAUUGUGCGUCCCACCAUUGUCACCAGUACCCUCAAAGAACCUUUCCCUGGUUGGGCUGAAGGUAUCAGGACCAUUGACAGUUUAGCAGUGGCAUACGGGAAAGGAAAGUUGACAUGCUUCCUCGGGGACUUGGAGUCACCUGUUGAUGUGAUACCGGCGGAUAUGGUGGUGAAUGCGAUGCUGGUGGCGAUGGCGGCUCAUGCAAAGCAAGCAAAUGAUGACGGUGAUGCCAUAUAUCAGGUGGGUUCGUCGGUGAGGAAUCCACUGAGAUACCAGAAUCUGCAAGACUACGGCUUAAAAUACUUCACCGCAAAACCAUGGAUCAACAAGGACGGCAAGCCCAUCAAGGUCGGCAGAGUCACCGUGUUGAGCAACAUGGCCAGCUUUCGCAGAUACGUUUUCAUCCGUUACCUCCUCCUCUUAAAGGGCCUGGAACUGGCAAACACGGCGUUUUGCCAGUAUUUUCACGACUCCUAUGCGGAGCUCAACAGGAAAAUCCAGGUUGUCAUGCGCUUGGUCGACAUCUACAAGCCCUACUUGUUCUUCUAUGGAGCGUUUGAUGAUAUGAAAACAGAGAAGUUGAGAAUGGCAGCAAGAGAAGGCGGAGUAGAGACGGAUAUGUUUUACUUUGACCCCAAAGACAUCGAUUGGGAGGAUUAUUUUAUGAACAUUCAUAUCCCUGGCAUCGUUAAGUACAUCUUCAAGUGACGAUGACGACACUGCUGGCUGUUUUAUCAUCCACAUAUAUAAUAUUUAUAUUUCAUUUCAUAUCAUAAUAAAUAAUAUAAUACAUAGCUUUUCGUUUCUGAAACUUGUGUCUGUCUUAAGUUCAAGGUUAAGUCGUGCCCAACAUACGGACGCUACAUUACAUGUUAGUGUUACAUCAUUUAUUCUACCAAGUGUACUUCAUAUAUAUAUAAAAGCAAUCUUGCCUAAUUUUUAUCU